AUGGGUCGCAAGGAUGCGCCAACUUCGCUCCUCCGGACGCUCGUCCUGUCGCUGCUUUGCGCGCAGUCGUUCGGACAGGUCUUCAACCUGACGCUGUCUGUUAAAGAGGGUCUGCCUGCUAAAACCAUCGUUGGGGAUCUGGGAGCGGGGUUAAGCAGGCCAAGCACUGGAUUCUUCAUCUCAGAGAGCAGAGACUCGUAUGUGUUCAGGGACUUGGAAAUAGACGCGGACACGGGGAUCAUCUCCACGGCUGUGAUCCUGGACAGAGAGAGCAGAGAUAAGUAUGAAUUUGUGGCAGCCACGCUCACUGGAGAGAUGAUCAGAGUGAACAUAGAGGUGAAAGAUGUGAACGACCAUUCACCUGUGUUCCCCUCAGAGCAGCUUGAGCUGGACAUAUCAGAGCUGAGCCCACCAGGGAGUCGGUUCCAGCUGGAAGGUGCUAAAGAUCAGGAUGAGGGAGAGUUUGGCACGCAGGGAUACAGGAUCACAGACAGUGAAAUGGCUGAGUUGUUCCACUUGGAUUAUCGCAGUGGAUCAGAGAACCACCUCAACCUGGAUUUGGUCCUGAGUAGCAAGCUAGACAGAGAAACACAGGACUUCUACUCCCUGACCAUUGAGGCCUUCGAUGGCGGGAUCCCAGCCAGGACAGGGACUCUUCAGGUGAACGUCCACGUCCUGGAUGAGAACGACAACCCUCCUGUGUUCAACCAGACUGAAUACCACGCCUCGGUGCGAGAGGAUGCUCCCGUCAUGUCUGCUGUGUGUCAGGUGUACGCCACCGACCUCGACCUGGACGACAAUGGCAGAAUCACUUAUGAGAUCAACAGGAGGCAGAGCGACCCAAAUGAAGUUUUCUCCAUCAAUGAAACCACCGGGGUGGUUUACCUCAACAAGCUGCUCGACUUUGAGGCGCAGGCCUUUCACGAGCUGAUCAUCAGCGCGAGAGACAACGGGGCUCAGCCUGAGCACAGCAGCACUUUUGUGGGCGUCAAGGUGCUUAAUAUCAACGAUAACAGUCCCAGCAUCAGUGUGCUGUUUCUCAGUGAGACAGGGGAUGCAGUGGUUUCAGAGGCAGCAGCGAUUGGGGACUAUGUUGCUCGGAUUUCAGUGUCAGACCCUGAUCUUGAGGGGGAGCAGGUCACUGUCACACUAGAGGGAGGAGAUGGGAAGUUUACCUUGAAGCAGACAGAUGAUUUUCUUUAUGCUUUGUGUGUUAACUCUGAGCUAGACCGGGAAGAGCAGGAUCUGUAUGAGCUGAAGGUGCAAGCGUCAGACUUUGGGAGCCCUCCUCUGAGCAGUGAGAUGGUCUUCCUCCUGAAGGUGUCUGACACAAAUGACUGCUACCCAGUCUUUGAGAAGGAUGUGCAUGUUAUAAGCAUUGCCGAGGACGCUCCUCAGGGGAGCUCCCUCAUCCAGCUUCAGGCCCGAGACGCCGAUGAAGGCGCCAACUCAAACAUCAGAUACUCCAUCCUGAGGUCCAACCAGGACAGCCUGAUCAGCAUCGACCCGGAGUCGGGCCUGGUCACCACGGCUGCAUCUCUAGACAGGGAGACACAGAUGGAGGUGUGGUUCCUGGUGGUGGCGGUGGACGGAGGAGAACCGGCUCUGUCAUCUACUGCUACAGUCACAGUGCUGGUGGAGGAUGUGAAUGACAACGAGCCGGUGUUCCAGCAGCAGCUGUACAACGUGUCCAUACCAGAGCACAGUGACGUGGGAAGCUGCUUUUUACAAGUUGUUGCGACAGAUGCAGACAGUCCUGAGUUUGGUGCUCUGCUCUACUCUCUGUCUGACGGCUUUGACAAACAGGACAAACAUCCCCUCUUCCAAAUCCACCCACACACAGGAGAGCUGUGUGUCUCGCAGGAUAUCGAUCGAGAUGCAGGACAGACGGUCCACGACAUUCUGAUCAAAGCUGAGGAUCCAGGAGGCCUCAGCGCUCAAACCUACGUGCACAUUGAGGUCGAGGACUUGAAUGAUAACGUUCCAGUGUUCAACCCUGAAGAGUACACCGUGAGCGUCAGCAGUCAUGCACAGCCGGGCACAGAAAUCGUCAACGUUAUCGCUACCGACCGAGAUUCUGGCAGGUUUGGACGUGUCACCUACGAUAUCGUCCCUGGCGACAUGUCCAGUUUGUUUGCACUGGAAAAAGAAACAGGAAUGCUGAUCCUGACCUCCACUCUGACCCACCUGGGCACCGUCAGUGUGAAACUCUCCAUAACAGCUCAGGACGGGGAGGGCUUGACCUCAGCCAGACCCGCAGAGGUCACAGUCAACGUUUUACGAAGCGUUCAGGCUCCAGCUGUGUUCCAGAGGUCACGCUACUCUUUCACAGUGCCUGAAGACGCACCGCUGGGGACGUCCGUAGGGACCGUGGAGGCCAUCAACCCAACCGACUCUGUGGAAUCUGCGUCUUACCGAAUCUCUUCUGGAGACCCUCAGAGUUUGUUCUCCGUUCAUCCGAAGUCCGGUCUGAUCAGCAUCGUCAAACCUCUGGACCACGAGUCUCAGCCGUACGCUCUGCUGGUCCUCCAGUCCUACACCGACACCUCUCCUGUUUACAGCACCACGCAGGUCAACAUCACCAUUGCCGACGUUAACGACAACGCCCCCGUCUUCCCCAAACGCAGCGACUCGAUCACAGUGUCACAAAACACUCCAGCAGGAACGGUGUUGUUCAUCGCUCACGCACACGACUAUGACAGCGGCACCAAUGGGAGGGUGCAGUACUACCUGAGGAACAGCAGAAACGGUACGUUUGUUGUUGACCACAACCUUGGAACAGUUACAUUAAAACAGAGUUUACAGGCGGAUCGUCAGCAGAGCUACAGCCUGGAAAUCGUAGCUAAAGACGAAGGAGAGCCUUCUCUGAGCUCCACACUGACCCUCUCAGUGAACAUAGACCGGACGGCUGCAGAGGACAGCCUGGCCUUCGAGACGCUCGUCUACCAGGUGGAGAUCGGUGAAGGCUACCGUAAAGACUCUCGGGUCAUCCAGGUGAGGGCUCACCGGACUCGGGGAGCUCAUAUGUCAAACUCAGGCCUCACUUACUCUUUGGAGGCAGAAGCUGGGUUCCCUCCAGCUCCGUUUCGGAUUCACCCAAAGACUGGAUGGUUGUAUCUUUCCCAAAGCCUCGACUACGAGACAGAGUCCAGGUAUCGUUUUAAAGUGUUGGCUACAACCAGGGAGGCCUCACUGGCAAACACCACGGCUACAGCCUCAGUGAUAGUGCUGGUGCUGGACAUCAAUGACAACGCCCCGGUGUUCGGCAGUGACGUCUACUACUUCACCGUGUCAGAGGGCUCAUCGCCACAAGGCCUGGUGGGAACCGUUAAAGCCAUCGAUAAGGAUUCUGGGAAAAACAGCCAGCUGUCCUACAUCCUGCUUUCAGAUGGGAAGUUCUUCCGCAUCAAUUCUAAAACAGGCGAAAUCAUCAACUGGGUGGCGUUGGACCGGGAGCAGCACAGCCAGCACAGUCUGAAGGUGAUGGUGACAGAUCAGGGUCACCCUCGUCUCAACGCCACCGCCACCGUUCACAUCCUGAUCACCGACGUCAAUGACAACGCUCCAACGUUUACACACCUGCCAGCCAGCAAAGAACUGAAUGUGCAG